UUGUACUUCGUUCAGUUACGUAUUGCUCCUAAGCCUAAGCCUAAGCCUAAGCCUAAGCCUAAGCCUAAGCCUAAGCCUAAGCCUAAGCCUAAGCCUAAGCCUAAGCCUAAGCCUAAGCCUAAGCCUAAGCCUAAGCCUAAGCCUAAGCCUAAGCCUAAGCCUAAGCCUAAGCCUAAGCCUAAGCCUAAGCCUAAGCCUAAGCCUAAGCCUAAGCCUAAGCCUAAGCCUAAGCCUAAGCCUAAGCCUAAGCCUAAGCCUAAGCCUAAGCCUAAGCCUAAGCCUAAGCCUAAGCCUAAGCCUAAGCCUAAGCCUAAGCCUAAGCCUAAGCCUAAGCCUAAGCCUAAGCCUAAGCCUAAGCCUAAGCCUAAGCCUAAGCCUAAGCCUAAGCCUAAGCCUAAGCCUAAGCCUAAGCCUAAGCCUAAGCCUAAGCCUAAGCCUAAGCCUAAGCCUAAGCCUAAGCCUAAGCCUAAGCCUAAGCCUAAGCCUAAGCCUAAGCCUAAGCCUAAGCCUAAGCCUAAGCCUAAGCCUAAGCCUAAGCCUAAGCCUAAGCCUAAGCCUAAGCCUAAGCCUAAGCCUAAGCCUAAGCCUAAGCCUAAGCCUAAGCCUAAGCCUAAGCCUAAGCCUAAGCCUAAGCCUAAGCCUAAGCCUAAGCCUAAGCCUAAGCCUAAGCCUAAGCCUAAGCCUAAGCCUAAGCCUAAGCCUAAGCCUAAGCCUAAGCCUAAGCCUAAGCCUAAGCCUAAGCCUAAGCCUAAGCCUAAGCCUAAGCAAGCUAAGCCUAAGCCUAAGCCUAAGCCUAAGCCUAAGCCUAAGCCUAAGCCUAAGCCUAAGCCUAAGCCUAAGCCUAAGCCUAAGCCUAAGCCUAAGCCUAAGCCUAAGCCUAAGCCUAAGCCUAAGCCUAAGCCUAAGCCUAAGCCUAAGCCUAAGCCUAAGCCUAAGCCUAAGCCUAAGCCUAAGCCUAAGCCUAAGCCUAAGCCUAAGCCUAAGCCUAAGCCUAAGCCUAAGCCUAAGCCUAAGCCUAAGCCUAAGCCUAAGCCUAAGCCUAAGCCUAAGCCUAAGCCUAAGCCUAAGCCUAAGCCUAAGCCUAAGCCUAAGCCUAAGCCUAAGCCUAAGCCUAAGCCUAAGCCUAAGCCUAAGCCUAAGCCUAAGCCUAAGCCUAAGCCUAAGCCUAAGCCUAAGCCUAAGCCUAAGCCUAAGCCUAAGCCUAAGCCUAAGCCUAAGCCUAAGCCUAAGCCUAAGCCUAAGCCUAAGCCUAAGCCUAAGCCUAAGCCUAAGCCUAAGCCUAAGCCUAAGCCUAAGCCUAAGCCUAAGCCUAAGCCUAAGCCUAAGCCUAAGCCUAAGCCUAAGCCUAAGCCUAAGCCUAAGCCUAAGCCUAAGCCUAAGCCUAAGCCUAAGCCUAAGCCUAAGCCUAAGCCUAAGCCUAAGCCUAAGCCUAAGCCUAAGCCUAAGCCUAAGCCUAAGCCUAAGCCUAAGCCUAAGCCUAAGCCUAAGCCUAAGCCUAAGCCUAAGCCUAAGCCUAAGCCUAAGCCUAAGCCUAAGCCUAAGCCUAAGCCUAAGCCUAAGCCUAAGCCUAAGCCUAAGCCUAAGCCUAAGCCUAAGCCUAAGCCUAAGCCUAAGCCUAAGCCUAAGCCUAAGCCUAAGCCUAAGCCUAAGCCUAAGCCUAAGCCUAAGCCUAAGCCUAAGCCUAAGCCUAAGCCUAAGCCUAAGCCUAAGCCUAAGCCUAAGCCUAAGCCUAAGCCUAAGCCUAAGCCUAAGCCUAAGCCUAAGCCUAAGCCUAAGCCUAAGCCUAAGCCUAAGCCUAAGCCUAAGCCUAAGCCUAAGCCUAAGCCUAAGCCUAAGCCUAAGCCUAAGCCUAAGCCUAAGCCUAAGCCUAAGCCUAAGCCUAAGCCUAAGCCUAAGCCUAAGCCUAAGCCUAAGCCUAAGCCUAAGCCUAAGCCUAAGCCUAAGCCUAAGCCUAAGCCUAAGCCUAAGCCUAAGCCUAAGCCUAAGCCUAAGCCUAAGCCUAAGCCUAAGCCUAAGCCUAAGCCUAAGCCUAAGCCUAAGCCUAAGCCUAAGCCUAAGCCUAAGCCUAAGCGCUAAGCCUAAGCCUAAGCCUAAGCCUAAGCCUAAGCCUAAGCCUAAGCCUAAGCCUAAGCCUAAGCCUAAGCCUAAGCCUAAGCCUAAGCCUAAGCCUAAGCCUAAGCCUAAGCCUAAGCCUAAGCCUAAGCCUAAGCCUAAGCCUAAGCCUAAGCCUAAGCCUAAGCCUAAGCCUAAGCCUAAGCCUAAGCCUAAGCCUAAGCCUAAGCCUAAGCCUAAGCCUAAGCCUAAGCCUAAGCCUAAGCCUAAGCCUAAGCCUAAGCCUAAGCCUAAGCCUAAGCCUAAGCCUAAGCCUAAGCCUAAGCCUAAGCCUAAGCCUAAGCCUAAGCCUAAGCCUGCCUAAGCCUAAGCCUAAGCCUAAGCCUAAGCCUAAGCCUAAGCCUAAGCCUAAGCCUAAGCCUAAGCCUAAGCCUAAGCCUAAGCCUAAGCCUAAGCCUAAGCCUAAGCCUAAGCCUAAGCCUAAGCCUAAGCCUAAGCCUAAGCCUAAGCCUAAGCCUAAGCCUAAGCCUAAGCCUAAGCCUAAGCCUAAGCCUAAGCCUAAGCCUAAGCCUAAGCCUAAGCCUAAGCCUAAGCCUAAGCCUAAGCCUAAGCCUAAGCCUAAGCCUAAGCCUAAGCCUAAGCCUAAGCCUAAGCCUAAGCCUAAGCCUAAGCCUAAGCCUAAGCCUAAGCCUAAGCCUAAGCCUAAGCCUAAGCCUAAGCCUAAGCCUAAGCCUAAGCCUAAGCCUAAGCCUAAGCCUAAGCCUAAGCCUAAGCCUAAGCCUAAGCCUAAGCCUAAGCCUAAGCCUAAGCCUAAGCCUAAGCCUAAGCCUAAGCCUAAGCCUAAGCCUAAGCCUAAGCCUAAGCCUAAGCCUAAGCCUAAGCCUAAGCCUAAGCCUAAGCCUAAGCCUAAGCCUAAGCCUAAGCCUAAGCCUAAGCCUAAGCCUAAGCCUAAGCCUAAGCCUAAGCCUAAGCCUAAGCCUAAGCCUAAGCCUAAGCCUAAGCCUAAGCCUAAGCCUAAGCCUAAGCCUAAGCCUAAGCCUAAGCCUAAGCCUAAGCCUAAGCCUAAGCCUAAGCCUAAGCCUAAGCCUAAGCCUAAGCCUAAGCCUAAGCCUAAGCCUAAGCCUAAGCCUAAGCCUAAGCCUAAGCCUAAGCCUAAGCCUAAGCCUAAGCCUAAGCCUAAGCCUAAGCCUAAGCCUAAGCCUAAGCCUAAGCCUAAGCCUAAGCCUAAGCCUAAGCCUAAGCCUAAGCCUAAGCCUAAGCCUAAGCCUAAGCCUAAGCCUAAGCCUAAGCCUAAGCCUAAGCCUAAGCCUAAGCCUAAGCCAGCCUAAGCCUAAGCCUAAGCCUAAGCCUAAGCCUAAGCCUAAGCCUAAGCCUAAGCCUAAGCCUAAGCCUAAGCCUAAGCCUAAGCCUAAGCCUAAGCCUAAGCCUAAGCCUAAGCCUAAGCCUAAGCCUAAGCCUAAGCCUAAGCCUAAGCCUAAGCCUAAGCCUAAGCCUAAGCCUAAGCCUAAGCCUAAGCCUAAGCCUAAGCCUAAGCCUAAGCCUAAGCCUAAGCCUAAGCCUAAGCCUAAGCCUAAGCCUAAGCCUAAGCCUAAGCCUAAGCCUAAGCCUAAGCCUAAGCCUAAGCCUAAGCCUAAGCCUAAGCCUAAGCCUAAGCCUAAGCCUAAGCCUAAGCCUAAGCCUAAGCCUAAGCCUAAGCCUAAGCCUAAGCCUAAGCCUAAGCCUAAGCCUAAGCCUAAGCCUAAGCCUAAGCCUAAGCCUAAGCCUAAGCCUAAGCCUAAGCCUAAGCCUAAGCCUAAGCCUAAGCCUAAGCCUAAGCCUAAGCCUAAGCCUAAGCCUAAGCCUAAGCCUAAGCCUAAGCCUAAGCCUAAGCCUAAGCCUAAGCCUAAGCCUAAGCCUAAGCCUAAGCCUAAGCCUAAGCCUAAGCCUAAGCCUAAGCCUAAGCCUAAGCCUAAGCCUAAGCCUAAGCCUAAGCCUAAGCCUAAGCCUAAGCCUAAGCCUAAGCCUAAGCCUAAGCCUAAGCCUAAGCCUAAGCCUAAGCCUAAGCCUAAGCCUAAGCCUAAGCCUAAGCCUAAGCCUAAGCCUAAGCCUAAGCCUAAGCUAAGCCUAAGCCUAAGCCUAAGCCUAAGCCUAAGCCUAAGCCUAAGCCUAAGCCUAAGCCUAAGCCUAAGCCUAAGCCUAAGCCUAAGCCUAAGCCUAAGCCUAAGCCUAAGCCUAAGCCUAAGCCUAAGCCUAAGCCUAAGCCUAAGCCUAAGCCUAAGCCUAAGCCUAAGCCUAAGCCUAAGCCUAAGCCUAAGCCUAAGCCUAAGCCUAAGCCUAAGCCUAAGCCUAAGCCUAAGCCUAAGCCUAAGCCUAAGCCUAAGCCUAAGCCUAAGCCUAAGCCUAAGCCUAAGCCUAAGCCUAAGCCUAAGCCUAAGCCUAAGCCUAAGCCUAAGCCUAAGCCUAAGCCUAAGCCUAAGCCUAAGCCUAAGCCUAAGCCUAAGCCUAAGCCUAAGCCUAAGCCUAAGCCUAAGCCUAAGCCUAAGCCUAAGCCUAAGCCUAAGCCUAAGCCUAAGCCUAAGCCUAAGCCUAAGCCUAAGCCUAAGCCUAAGCCUAAGCCUAAGCCUAAGCCUAAGCCUAAGCCUAAGCCUAAGCCUAAGCCUAAGCCUAAGCCUAAGCCUAAGCCUAAGCCUAAGCCUAAGCCUAAGCCUAAGCCUAAGCCUAAGCCUAAGCCUAAGCCUAAGCCUAAGCCUAAGCCUAAGCCUAAGCCUAAGCCUAAGCCUAAGCCUAAGCCUAAGCCUAAGCCUAAGCCUAAGCCUAAGCCUAAGCCUAAGCCUAAGCCUAAGCCUAAGCCUAAGCCUAAGCCUAAGCCUAAGCCUAAGCCUAAGCCUAAGCCUAAGCCUAAGCCUAAGCCUAAGCCUAAGCCUAAGCCUAAGCCUAAGCCUAAGCCUAAGCCUAAGCCUAAGCCUAAGCCUAAGCCUAAGCCUAAGCCUAAGCCUAAGCCUAAGCCUAAGCCUAAGCCUAAGCCUAAGCCUAAGCCUAAGCCUAAGCCUAAGCCUAAGCCUAAGCCUAAGCCUAAGCCUAAGCCUAAGCCUAAGCCUAAGCCUAAGCCUAAGCCUAAGCCUAAGCCUAAGCCUAAGCCUAAGCCUAAGCCUAAGCCUAAGCCUAAGCUGGCCUAAGCCUAAGCCUAAGCCUAAGCCUAAGCCUAAGCCUAAGCCUAAGCCUAAGCCUAAGCCUAAGCCUAAGCCUAAGCCUAAGCCUAAGCCUAAGCCUAAGCCUAAGCCUAAGCCUAAGCCUAAGCCUAAGCCUAAGCCUAAGCCUAAGCCUAAGCCUAAGCCUAAGCCUAAGCCUAAGCCUAAGCCUAAGCCUAAGCCUAAGCCUAAGCCUAAGCCUAAGCCUAAGCCUAAGCCUAAGCCUAAGCCUAAGCCUAAGCCUAAGCCUAAGCCUAAGCCUAAGCCUAAGCCUAAGCCUAAGCCUAAGCCUAAGCCUAAGCCUAAGCCUAAGCCUAAGCCUAAGCCUAAGCCUAAGCCUAAGCCUAAGCCUAAGCCUAAGCCUAAGCCUAAGCCUAAGCCUAAGCCUAAGCCUAAGCCUAAGCCUAAGCCUAAGCCUAAGCCUAAGCCUAAGCCUAAGCCUAAGCCUAAGCCUAAGCCUAAGCCUAAGCCUAAGCCUAAGCCUAAGCCUAAGCCUAAGCCUAAGCCUAAGCCUAAGCCUAAGCCUAAGCCUAAGCCUAAGCCUAAGCCUAAGCCUAAGCCUAAGCCUAAGCCUAAGCCUAAGCCUAAGCCUAAGCCUAAGCCUAAGCCUAAGCCUAAGCCUAAGCCUAAGCCUAAGCCUAAGCCUAAGCCUAAGCCUAAGCCUAAGCCUAAGCCUAAGCCUAAGCCUAAGCCUAAGCCUAAGCCUAAGCCUAAGCCUAAGCCUAAGCCUAAGCCUAAGCCUAAGCCUAAGCCUAAGCCUAAGCCUAAGCCUAAGCCUAAGCCUAAGCCUAAGCCUAAGCCUAAGCCUAAGCCUAAGCCUAAGCCUAAGCCUAAGCCUAAGCCUAAGCCUAAGCCUAAGCCUAAGCCUAAGCCUAAGCCUAAGCCUAAGCCUAAGCCUAAGCCUAAGCCUAAGCCUAAGCCUAAGCCUAAGCCUAAGCCUAAGCCUAAGCCUAAGCCUAAGCCUAAGCCUAAGCCUAAGCCUAAGCCUAAGCCUAAGCCUAAGCCUAAGCCUAAGCCUAAGCCUAAGCCUAAGCCUAAGCCUAAGCCUAAGCCUAAGCCUAAGCCUAAGCCUAAGCCUAAGCCUAAGCCUAAGCCUAAGCCUAAGCCUAAGCCUAAGCCUAAGCCUAAGCCUAAGCCUAAGCCUAAGCCUAAGCCUAAGCCUAAGCCUAAGCCUAAGCCUAAGCCUAAGCCUAAGCCUAAGCCUAAGCCUAAGCCUAAGCCUAAGCCUAAGCCUAAGCCUAAGCCUAAGCCUAAGCCUAAGCCUAAGCCUAAGCCUAAGCCUAAGCCUAAGCCUAAGCCUAAGCCUAAGCCUAAGCCUAAGCCUAAGCCUAAGCCUAAGCCUAAGCCUAAGCCUAAGCCUAAGCCUAAGCCUAAGCCUAAGCCUAAGCCUAAGCCUAAGCCUAAGCCUAAGCCUAAGCCUAAGCCUAAGCCUAAGCCUAAGCCUAAGCCUAAGCCUAAGCCUAAGCCUAAGCCUAAGCCUAAGCCUAAGCCUAAGCCUAAGCCUAAGCCUAAGCCUAAGCCUAAGCCUAAGCCUAAGCCUAAGCCUAAGCCUAAGCCUAAGCCUAAGCCUAAGCCUAAGCCUAAGCCUAAGCCUAAGCCUAAGCCUAAGCCUAAGCCUAAGCCUAAGCCUAAGCCUGCCUAAGCCUAAGCCUAAGCCUAAGCCUAAGCCUAAGCCUAAGCCUAAGCCUAAGCCUAAGCCUAAGCCUAAGCCUAAGCCUAAGCCUAAGCCUAAGCCUAAGCCUAAGCCUAAGCCUAAGCCUAAGCCUAAGCCUAAGCCUAAGCCUAAGCCUAAGCCUAAGCCUAAGCCUAAGCCUAAGCCUAAGCCUAAGCCUAAGCCUAAGCCUAAGCCUAAGCCUAAGCCUAAGCCUAAGCCUAAGCCUAAGCCUAAGCCUAAGCCUAAGCCUAAGCCUAAGCCUAAGCUAAGCGCCUAAGCCUAAGCCUAAGCCUGGUGCCUAAGCCUAAGCCAGCCUAAGCCUAAGCCUAAGCCUAAGCCUAAGCCUAAGCCUAAGCCUAAGCCUAAGCCUAAGCCUAAGCCUAAGCCUAAGCCUAAGCCUAAGCCUAAGCCUAAGCCUAAGCCUAAGCCUAAGCCUAAGCCUAAGCCUAAGCCUAAGCCUAAGCCUAAGCCUAAGCCUAAGCCUAAGCCUAAGCCUAAGCCUAAGCCUAAGCCUAAGCCUAAUAAGCCUAAGCCUAAGCCUAAGCCUAAGCCUAAGCCUAAGCCUAAGCCUAAGCCUAAGCCUAAGCCUAAGCCUAAGCCUAAGCCUAAGCCUAAGCCUAAGCCUAAGCCUAAGCCUAAGCCUAAGCCUAAGCCUAAGCCUAAGCCUAAGCCUAAGCCUAAGCCUAAGCCUAAGCCUAAGCCUAAGCCUAAGCCUAAGCCUAAGCCUAAGCCUAAGCCUAAGCCUAAGCCUAAGCCUAAGCCUAAGCCUAAGCCUAAGCCUAAGCCUAAGCCUAAGCCUAAGCCUAAGCCUAAGCCUAAGCCUAAGCCUAAGCCUAAGCCUAAGCCUAAGCCUAAGCCUAAGCCUAAGCCUAAGCCUAAGCCUAAGCCUAAGCCUAAGCCUAAGCCUAAGCCUAAGCCUAAGCCUAAGCCUAAGCCUAAGCCUAAGCCUAAGCCUAAGCCUAAGCCUAAGCCUAAGCCUAAGCCUAAGCCUAAGCCUAAGCCUAAGCCUAAGCCUAAGCCUAAGCCUAAGCCUAAGCCUAAGCCUAAGCCUAAGCCUAAGCCUAAGCCUAAGCCUAAGCCUAAGCCUAAGCCUAAGCCUAAGCCUAAGCCUAAGCCUAAGCCUAAGCCUAAGCCUAAGCCUAAGCCUAAGCCUAAGCCUAAGCCUAAGCCUAAGCCUAAGCCUAAGCCUAAGCCUAAGCCUAAGCCUAAGCCUAAGCCUAAGCCUAAGCCUAAGCCUAAGCCUAAGCCUAAGCCUAAGCCUAAGCCUAAGCCUAAGCCUAAGCCUAAGCCUAAGCCUAAGCCUAAGCCUAAGCCUAAGCCUAAGCCUAAGCCUAAGCCUAAGCCUAAGCCUAAGCCUAAGCCUAAGCCUAAGCCUAAGCCUAAGCCUAAGCCUAAGCCUAAGCCUAAGCCUAAGCCUAAGCCUAAGCCUAAGCCUAAGCCUAAGCCUAAGCCUAAGCCUAAGCCUAAGCCUAAGCCUAAGCCUAAGCCUAAGCCUAAGCCUAAGCCUAAGCCUAAGCCUAAGCCUAAGCCUAAGCCUAAGCCUAAGCCUAAGCCUAAGCCUAAGCCUAAGCCUAAGCCUAAGCCUAAGCCUAAGCCUAAGCCUAAGCCUAAGCCUAAGCCUAAGCCUAAGCCUAAGCCUAAGCCUAAGCCUAAGCCUAAGCCUAAGCCUAAGCCUAAGCCUAAGCCUAAGCCUAAGCCUAAGCCUAAGCCUAAGCCUAAGCCUAAGCCUAAGCCUAAGCCUAAGCCUAAGCCUAAGCCUAAGCCUAAGCCUAAGCCUAAGCCUAAGCCUAAGCCUAAGCCUAAGCCUAAGCCUAAGCCUAAGCCUAAGCCUAAGCCUAAGCCUAAGCCUAAGCCUAAGCCUAAGCCUAAGCCUAAGCCUAAGCCUAAGCCUAAGCCUAAGCCUAAGCCUAAGCCUAAGCCCUAAGCCUAAGCCUAAGCCUAAGCCUAAGCCUAAGCCUAAGCCUAAGCCUAAGCCUAAGCCUAAGCCUAAGCCUAAGCCUAAGCCUAAGCCUAAGCCUAAGCCUAAGCCUAAGCCUAAGCCUAAGCCUAAGCCUAAGCCUAAGCCUAAGCCUAAGCCUAAGCCUAAGCCUAAGCCUAAGCCUAAGCCUAAGCCUAAGCCUAAGCCUAAGCCUAAGCCUAAGCCUAAGCCUAAGCCUAAGCCUAAGCCUAAGCCUAAGCCUAAGCCUAAGCCUAAGCCUAAGCCUAAGCCUAAGCCUAAGCCUAAGCCUAAGCCUAAGCCUAAGCCUAAGCCUAAGCCUAAGCCUAAGCCUAAGCCUAAGCCUAAGCCUAAGCCUAAGCCUAAGCCUAAGCCUAAGCCUAAGCCUAAGCCUAAGCCUAAGCCUAAGCCUAAGCCUAAGCCUAAGCCUAAGCCUAAGCCUAAGCCUAAGCCUAAGCCUAAGCCUAAGCCUAAGCCUAAGCCUAAGCCUAAGCCUAAGCCUAAGCCUAAGCCUAAGCCUAAGCCUAAGCCUAAGCCUAAGCCUAAGCCUAAGCCUAAGCCUAAGCCUAAGCCUAAGCCUAAGCCUAAGCCUAAGCCUAAGCCUAAGCCUAAGCCUAAGCCUAAGCCUAAGCCUAAGCCUAAGCCUAAGCCUAAGCCUAAGCCUAAGCCUAAGCCUAAGCCUAAGCCUAAGCCUAAGCCUAAGCCUAAGCCUAAGCCUAAGCCUAAGCCUAAGCCUAAGCCUAAGCCUAAGCCUAAGCCUAAGCCUAAGCCUAAGCCUAAGCCUAAGCCUAAGCCUAAGCCUAAGCCUAAGCCUAAGCCUAAGCCUAAGCCUAAGCCUAAGCCUAAGCCUAAGCCUAAGCCUAAGCCUAAGCCUAAGCCUAAGCCUAAGCCUAAGCCUAAGCCUAAGCCUAAGCCUAAGCCUAAGCCUAAGCCUAAGCCUAAGCCUAAGCCUAAGCCUAAGCCUAAGCCUAAGCCUAAGCCUAAGCCUAAGCCUAAGCCUAAGCCUAAGCCUAAGCCUAAGCCUAAGCCUAAGCCUAAGCCUAAGCCUAAGCCUAAGCCUAAGCCUAAGCCUAAGCCUAAGCCUAAGCCUAAGCCUAAGCCUAAGCCUAAGCCUAAGCCUAAGCCUAAGCCUAAGCCUAAGCCUAAGCCUAAGCCUAAGCCUAAGCCUAAGCCUAAGCCUAAGCCUAAGCCUAAGCCUAAGCCUAAGCCUAAGCCUAAGCCUAAGCCUAAGCCUAAGCCUAAGCCUAAGCCUAAGCCUAAGCCUAAGCCUAAGCCUAAGCCUAAGCCUAAGCCUAAGCCUAAGCCUAAGCCUAAGCCUAAGCCUAAGCCUAAGCCUAAGCCUAAGCCUAAGCCUAAGCCUAAGCCUAAGCCUAAGCCUAAGCCUAAGCCUAAGCCUAAGCCUAAGCCUAAGCCUAAGCCUAAGCCUAAGCCUAAGCCUAAGCCUAAGCCUAAGCCUAAGCCUAAGCCUAAGCCUAAGCCUAAGCCUAAGCCUAAGCCUAAGCCUAAGCCUAAGCCUAAGCCUAAGCCUAAGCCUAAGCCUAAGCCUAAGCCUAAGCCUAAGCCUAAGCCUAAGCCUAAGCCUAAGCCUAAGCCUAAGCCUAAGCCUAAGCCUAAGCCUAAGCCUAAGCCUAAGCCUAAGCCUAAGCCUAAGCCUAAGCCUAAGCCUAAGCCUAAGCCUAAGCCUAAGCCUAAGCCUAAGCCUAAGCCUAAGCCUAAGCCUAAGCCUAAGCCUAAGCCUAAGCCUAAGCCUAAGCCUAAGCCUAAGCCUAAGCCUAAGCCUAAGCCUAAGCCUAAGCCUAAGCCUAAGCCUAAGCCUAAGCCUAAGCCUAAGCCUAAGCCUAAGCCUAAGCCUAAGCCUAAGCCUAAGCCUAAGCCUAAGCCUAAGCCUAAGCCUAAGCCUAAGCCUAAGCCUAAGCCUAAGCCUAAGCCUAAGCCUAAGCCUAAGCCUAAGCCUAAGCCUAAGCCUAAGCCUAAGCCUAAGCCUAAGCCUAAGCCUAAGCCUAAGCCUAAGCCUAAGCCUAAGCCUAAGCCUAAGCCUAAGCCUAAGCCUAAGCCUAAGCCUAAGCCUAAGCCUAAGCCUAAGCCUAAGCCUAAGCCUAAGCCUAAGCCUAAGCCUAAGCCUAAGCCUAAGCCUAAGCCUAAGCCUAAGCCUAAGCCUAAGCCUAAGCCUAAGCCUAAGCCUAAGCCUAAGCCUAAGCCUAAGCCUAAGCCUAAGCCUAAGCCUAAGCCUAAGCCUAAGCCUAAGCCUAAGCCUAAGCCUAAGCCUAAGCCUAAGCCUAAGCCUAAGCCUAAGCCUAAGCCUAAGCCUAAGCCUAAGCCUAAGCCUAAGCCUAAGCCUAAGCCUAAGCCUAAGCCUAAGCCUAAGCCUAAGCCUAAGCCUAAGCCUAAGCCUAAGCCUAAGCCUAAGCCUAAGCCUAAGCCUAAGCCUAAGCCUAAGCCUAAGCCUAAGCCUAAGCCUAAGCCUAAGCCUAAGCCUAAGCCUAAGCCUAAGCCUAAGCCUAAGCCUAAGCCUAAGCCUAAGCCUAAGCCUAAGCCUAAGCCUAAGCCUAAGCCUAAGCCUAAGCCUAAGCCUAAGCCUAAGCCUAAGCCUAAGCCUAAGCCUAAGCCUAAGCCUAAGCCUAAGCCUAAGCCUAAGCCUAAGCCUAAGCCUAAGCCUAAGCCUAAGCCUAAGCCUAAGCCUAAGCCUAAGCCUAAGCCUAAGCCUAAGCCUAAGCCUAAGCCUAAGCCUAAGCCUAAGCCUAAGCCUAAGCCUAAGCCUAAGCCUAAGCCUAAGCCUAAGCCUAAGCCUAAGCCUAAGCCUAAGCCUAAGCCUAAGCCUAAGCCUAAGCCUAAGCCUAAGCCUAAGCCUAAGCCUAAGCCUAAGCCUAAGCCUAAGCCUAAGCCUAAGCCUAAGCCUAAGCCUAAGCCUAAGCCUAAGCCUAAGCCUAAGCCUAAGCCUAAGCCUAAGCCUAAGCCUAAGCCUAAGCCUAAGCCUAAGCCUAAGCCUAAGCCUAAGCCUAAGCCUAAGCCUAAGCCUAAGCCUAAGCCUAAGCCUAAGCCUAAGCCUAAGCCUAAGCCUAAGCCUAAGCCUAAGCCUAAGCCUAAGCCUAAGCCUAAGCCUAAGCCUAAGCCUAAGCCUAAGCCUAAGCCUAAGCCUAAGCCUAAGCCUAAGCCUAAGCCUAAGCCUAAGCCUAAGCCUAAGCCUAAGCCUAAGCCUAAGCCUAAGCCUAAGCCUAAGCCUAAGCCUAAGCCUAAGCCUAAGCCUAAGCCUAAGCCUAAGCCUAAGCCUAAGCCUAAGCCUAAGCCUAAGCCUAAGCCUAAGCCUAAGCCUAAGCCUAAGCCUAAGCCUAAGCCUAAGCCUAAGCCUAAGCCUAAGCCUAAGCCUAAGCCUAAGCCUAAGCCUAAGCCUAAGCCUAAGCCUAAGCCUAAGCCUAAGCCUAAGCCUAAGCCUAAGCCUAAGCCUAAGCCUAAGCCUAAGCCUAAGCCUAAGCCUAAGCCUAAGCCUAAGCCUAAGCCUAAGCCUAAGCCUAAGCCUAAGCCUAAGCCUAAGCCUAAGCCUAAGCCUAAGCCUAAGCCUAAGCCUAAGCCUAAGCCUAAGCCUAAGCCUAAGCCUAAGCCUAAGCCUAAGCCUAAGCCUAAGCCUAAGCCUAAGCCUAAGCCUAAGCCUAAGCCUAAGCCUAAGCCUAAGCCUAAGCCUAAGCCUAAGCCUAAGCCUAAGCCUAAGCCUAAGCCUAAGCCUAAGCCUAAGCCUAAGCCUAAGCCUAAGCCUAAGCCUAAGCCUAAGCCUAAGCCUAAGCCUAAGCCUAAGCCUAAGCCUAAGCCUAAGCCUAAGCCUAAGCCUAAGCCUAAGCCUAAGCCUAAGCCUAAGCCUAAGCCUAAGCCUAAGCCUAAGCCUAAGCCUAAGCCUAAGCCUAAGCCUAAGCCUAAGCCUAAGCCUAAGCCUAAGCCUAAGCCUAAGCCUAAGCCUAAGCCUAAGCCUAAGCCUAAGCCUAAGCCUAAGCCUAAGCCUAAGCCUAAGCCUAAGCCUAAGCCUAAGCCUAAGCCUAAGCCUAAGCCUAAGCCUAAGCCUAAGCCUAAGCCUAAGCCUAAGCCUAAGCCUAAGCCUAAGCCUAAGCCUAAGCCUAAGCCUAAGCCUAAGCCUAAGCCUAAGCCUAAGCCUAAGCCUAAGCCUAAGCCUAAGCCUAAGCCUAAGCCUAAGCCUAAGCCUAAGCCUAAGCCUAAGCCUAAGCCUAAGCCUAAGCCUAAGCCUAAGCCUAAGCCUAAGCCUAAGCCUAAGCCUAAGCCUAAGCCUAAGCCUAAGCCUAAGCCUAAGCCUAAGCCUAAGCCUAAGCCUAAGCCUAAGCCUAAGCCUAAGCCUAAGCCUAAGCCUAAGCCUAAGCCUAAGCCUAAGCCUAAGCCUAAGCCUAAGCCUAAGCCUAAGCCUAAGCCUAAGCCUAAGCCUAAGCCUAAGCCUAAGCCUAAGCCUAAGCCUAAGCCUAAGCCUAAGCCUAAGCCUAAGCCUAAGCCUAAGCCUAAGCCUAAGCCUAAGCCUAAGCCUAAGCCUAAGCCUAAGCCUAAGCCUAGCCUAGCCUAAGCCUAAGCCUAAGCCUAAGCCUAAGCCUAAGCCUAAGCCUAAGCCUAAGCCUAAGCCUAAGCCUAAGCCUAAGCCUAAGCCUAAGCCUAAGCCUAAGCCUAAGCCUAAGCCUAAGCCUAAGCCUAAGCCUAAGCCUAAGCCUAAGCCUAAGCCUAAGCCUAAGCCUAAGCCUAAGCCUAAGCCUAAGCCUAAGCCUAAGCCUAAGCCUAAGCCUAAGCCUAAGCCUAAGCCUAAGCCUAAGCCUAAGCCUAAGCCUAAGCCUAAGCCUAAGCCUAAGCCUAAGCCUAAGCCUAAGCCUAAGCCUAAGCCUAAGCCUAAGCCUAAGCCUAAGCCUAAGCCUAAGCCUAAGCCUAAGCCUAAGCCUAAGCCUAAGCCUAAGCCUAAGCCUAAGCCUAAGCCUAAGCCUAAGCCUAAGCCUAAGCCUAAGCCUAAGCCUAAGCCUAAGCCUAAGCCUAAGCCUAAGCCUAAGCCUAAGCCUAAGCCUAAGCCUAAGCCUAAGCCUAAGCCUAAGCCUAAGCCUAAGCCUAAGCCUAAGCCUAAGCCUAAGCCUAAGCCUAAGCCUAAGCCUAAGCCUAAGCCUAAGCCUAAGCCUAAGCCUAAGCCUAAGCCUAAGCCUAAGCCUAAGCCUAAGCCUAAGCCUAAGCCUAAGCCUAAGCCUAAGCCUAAGCCUAAGCCUAAGCCUAAGCCUAAGCCUAAGCCUAAGCCUAAGCCUAAGCCUAAGCCUAAGCCUAAGCCUAAGCCUAAGCCUAAGCCUAAGCCUAAGCCUAAGCCUAAGCCUAAGCCUAAGCCUAAGCCUAAGCCUAAGCCUAGCCUAAGCCUAAGCCUAAGCCUAAGCCUAAGCCUAAGCCUAAGCCUAAGCCUAAGCCUAAGCCUAAGCCUAAGCCUAAGCCUAAGCCUAAGCCUAAGCCUAAGCCUAAGCCUAGCCUAGCCUAAGCCUAAGCCUAAGCCUAAGCCUAAGCCUAAGCCUAAGCCUAAGCCUAAGCCUAAGCCUAAGCCUAAGCCUAAGCCUAAGCCUAAGCCUAAGCCUAAGCCUAAGCCUAAGCCUAAGCCUAAGCCUAAGCCUAAGCCUAAGCCUAAGCCUAAGCCUAAGCCUAAGCCUAAGCCUAAGCCUAAGCCUAAGCCUAAGCCUAAGCCUAAGCCUAAGCCUAAGCCUAAGCCUAAGCCUAAGCCUAAGCCUAAGCCUAAGCCUAAGCCUAAGCCUAAGCCUAAGCCUAAGCCUAAGCCUAAGCCUAAGCCUAAGCCUAAGCCUAAGCCUAAGCCUAAGCCUAAGCCUAAGCCUAAGCCUAAGCCUAAGCCUAAGCCUAAGCCUAAGCCUAAGCCUAAGCCUAAGCCUAAGCCUAAGCCUAAGCCUAAGCCUAAGCCUAAGCCUAAGCCUAAGCCUAAGCCUAAGCCUAAGCCUAAGCCUAAGCCUAAGCCUAAGCCUAAGCCUAAGCCUAAGCCUAAGCCUAAGCCUAAGCCUAAGCCUAAGCCUAAGCCUAAGCCUAAGCCUAAGCCUAAGCCUAAGCCUAAGCCUAAGCCUAAGCCUAAGCCUAAGCCUAAGCCUAAGCCUAAGCCUAAGCCUAAGCCUAAGCCUAAGCCUAAGCCUAAGCCUAAGCCUAAGCCUAAGCCUAAGCCUAAGCCUAAGCCUAAGCCUAAGCCUAAGCCUAAGCCUAAGCCUAAGCCUAAGCCUAAGCCUAAGCCUAAGCCUAAGCCUAAGCCUAAGCCUAAGCCUAAGCCUAAGCCUAAGCCUAAGCCUAAGCCUAAGCCUAAGCCUAAGCCUAAGCCUAAGCCUAAGCCUAAGCCUAAGCCUAAGCCUAAGCCUAAGCCUAAGCCUAAGCCUAAGCCUAAGCCUAAGCCUAAGCCUAAGCCUAAGCCUAAGCCUAAGCCUAAGCCUAAGCCUAAGCCUAAGCCUAAGCCUAAGCCUAAGCCUAAGCCUAAGCCUAAGCCUAAGCCUAAGCCUAAGCCUAAGCCUAAGCCUAAGCCUAAGCCUAAGCCUAAGCCUAAGCCUAAGCCUAAGCCUAAGCCUAAGCCUAAGCCUAAGCCUAAGCCUAAGCCUAAGCCUAAGCCUAAGCCUAAGCCUAAGCCUAAGCCUAAGCCUAAGCCUAAGCCUAAGCCUAAGCCUAAGCCUAAGCCUAAGCCUAAGCCUAAGCCUAAGCCUAAGCCUAAGCCUAAGCCUAAGCCUAAGCCUAAGCCUAAGCCUAAGCCUAAGCCUAAGCCUAAGCCUAAGCCUAAGCCUAAGCCUAAGCCUAAGCCUAAGCCUAAGCCUAAGCCUAAGCCUAAGCCUAAGCCUAAGCCUAAGCCUAAGCCUAAGCCUAAGCCUAAGCCUAAGCCUAAGCCUAAGCCUAAGCCUAAGCCUAAGCCUAAGCCUAAGCCUAAGCCUAAGCCUAAGCCUAAGCCUAAGCCUAAGCCUAAGCCUAAGCCUAAGCCUAAGCCUAAGCCUAAGCCUAAGCCUAAGCCUAAGCCUAAGCCUAAGCCUAAGCCUAAGCCUAAGCCUAAGCCUAAGCCUAAGCCUAAGCCUAAGCCUAAGCCUAAGCCUAAGCCUAAGCCUAAGCCUAAGCCUAAGCCUAAGCCUAAGCCUAAGCCUAAGCCUAAGCCUAAGCCUAAGCCUAAGCCUAAGCCUAAGCCUAAGCCUAAGCCUAAGCCUAAGCCUAAGCCUAAGCCUAAGCCUAAGCCUAAGCCUAAGCCUAAGCCUAAGCCUAAGCCUAAGCCUAAGCCUAAGCCUAAGCCUAAGCCUAAGCCUAAGCCUAAGCCUAAGCCUAAGCCUAAGCCUAAGCCUAAGCCUAAGCCUAAGCCUAAGCCUAAGCCUAAGCCUAAGCCUAAGCCUAAGCCUAAGCCUAAGCCUAAGCCUAAGCCUAAGCCUAAGCCUAAGCCUAAGCCUAAGCCUAAGCCUAAGCCUAAGCCUAAGCCUAAGCCUAAGCCUAAGCCUAAGCCUAAGCCUAAGCCUAAGCCUAAGCCUAAGCCUAAGCCUAAGCCUAAGCCUAAGCCUAAGCCUAAGCCUAAGCCUAAGCCUAAGCCUAAGCCUAAGCCUAAGCCUAAGCCUAAGCCUAAGCCUAAGCCUAAGCCUAAGCCUAAGCCUAAGCCUAAGCCUAAGCCUAAGCCUAAGCCUAAGCCUAAGCCUAAGCCUAAGCCUAAGCCUAAGCCUAAGCCUAAGCCUAAGCCUAAGCCUAAGCCUAAGCCUAAGCCUAAGCCUAAGCCUAAGCCUAAGCCUAAGCCUAAGCCUAAGCCUAAGCCUAAGCCUAAGCCUAAGCCUAAGCCUAAGCCUAAGCCUAAGCCUAAGCCUAAGCCUAAGCCUAAGCCUAAGCCUAAGCCUAAGCCUAAGCCUAAGCCUAAGCCUAAGCCUAAGCCUAAGCCUAAGCCUAAGCCUAAGCCUAAGCCUAAGCCUAAGCCUAAGCCUAAGCCUAAGCCUAAGCCUAAGCCUAAGCCUAAGCCUAAGCCUAAGCCUAAGCCUAAGCCUAAGCCUAAGCCUAAGCCUAAGCCUAAGCCUAAGCCUAAGCCUAAGCCUAAGCCUAAGCCUAAGCCUAAGCCUAAGCCUAAGCCUAAGCCUAAGCCUAAGCCUAAGCCUAAGCCUAAGCCUAAGCCUAAGCCUAAGCCUAAGCCUAAGCCUAAGCCUAAGCCUAAGCCUAAGCCUAAGCCUAAGCCUAAGCCUAAGCCUAAGCCUAAGCCUAAGCCUAAGCCUAAGCCUAAGCCUAAGCCUAAGCCUAAGCCUAAGCCUAAGCCUAAGCCUAAGCCUAAGCCUAAGCCUAAGCCUAAGCCUAAGCCUAAGCCUAAGCCUAAGCCUAAGCCUAAGCCUAAGCCUAAGCCUAAGCCUAAGCCUAAGCCUAAGCCUAAGCCUAAGCCUAAGCCUAAGCCUAAGCCUAAGCCUAAGCCUAAGCCUAAGCCUAAGCCUAAGCCUAAGCCUAAGCCUAAGCCUAAGCCUAAGCCUAAGCCUAAGCCUAAGCCUAAGCCUAAGCCUAAGCCUAAGCCUAAGCCUAAGCCUAAGCCUAAGCCUAAGCCUAAGCCUAAGCCUAAGCCUAAGCCUAAGCCUAAGCCUAAGCCUAAGCCUAAGCCUAAGCCUAAGCCUAAGCCUAAGCCUAAGCCUAAGCCUAAGCCUAAGCCUAAGCCUAAGCCUAAGCCUAAGCCUAAGCCUAAGCCUAAGCCUAAGCCUAAGCCUAAGCCUAAGCCUAAGCCUAAGCCUAAGCCUAAGCCUAAGCCUAAGCCUAAGCCUAAGCCUAAGCCUAAGCCUAAGCCUAAGCCUAAGCCUAAGCCUAAGCCUAAGCCUAAGCCUAAGCCUAAGCCUAAGCCUAAGCCUAAGCCUAAGCCUAAGCCUAAGCCUAAGCCUAAGCCUAAGCCUAAGCCUAAGCCUAAGCCUAAGCCUAAGCCUAAGCCUAAGCCUAAGCCUAAGCCUAAGCCUAAGCCUAAGCCUAAGCCUAAGCCUAAGCCUAAGCCUAAGCCUAAGCCUAAGCCUAAGCCUAAGCCUAAGCCUAAGCCUAAGCCUAAGCCUAAGCCUAAGCCUAAGCCUAAGCCUAAGCCUAAGCCUAAGCCUAAGCCUAAGCCUAAGCCUAAGCCUAAGCCUAAGCCUAAGCCUAAGCCUAAGCCUAAGCCUAAGCCUAAGCCUAAGCCUAAGCCUAAGCCUAAGCCUAAGCCUAAGCCUAAGCCUAAGCCUAAGCCUAAGCCUAAGCCUAAGCCUAAGCCUAAGCCUAAGCCUAAGCCUAAGCCUAAGCCUAAGCCUAAGCCUAAGCCUAAGCCUAAGCCUAAGCCUAAGCCUAAGCCUAAGCCUAAGCCUAAGCCUAAGCCUAAGCCUAAGCCUAAGCCUAAGCCUAAGCCUAAGCCUAAGCCUAAGCCUAAGCCUAAGCCUAAGCCUAAGCCUAAGCCUAAGCCUAAGCCUAAGCCUAAGCCUAAGCCUAAGCCUAAGCCUAAGCCUAAGCCUAAGCCUAAGCCUAAGCCUAAGCCUAAGCCUAAGCCUAAGCCUAAGCCUAAGCCUAAGCCUAAGCCUAAGCCUAAGCCUAAGCCUAAGCCUAAGCCUAAGCCUAAGCCUAAGCCUAAGCCUAAGCCUAAGCCUAAGCCUAAGCCUAAGCCUAAGCCUAAGCCUAAGCCUAAGCCUAAGCCUAAGCCUAAGCCUAAGCCUAAGCCUAAGCCUAAGCCUAAGCCUAAGCCUAAGCCUAAGCCUAAGCCUAAGCCUAAGCCUAAGCCUAAGCCUAAGCCUAAGCCUAAGCCUAAGCCUAAGCCUAAGCCUAAGCCUAAGCCUAAGCCUAAGCCUAAGCCUAAGCCUAAGCCUAAGCCUAAGCCUAAGCCUAAGCCUAAGCCUAAGCCUAAGCCUAAGCCUAAGCCUAAGCCUAAGCCUAAGCCUAAGCCUAAGCCUAAGCCUAAGCCUAAGCCUAAGCCUAAGCCUAAGCCUAAGCCUAAGCCUAAGCCUAAGCCUAAGCCUAAGCCUAAGCCUAAGCCUAAGCCUAAGCCUAAGCCUAAGCCUAAGCCUAAGCCUAAGCCUAAGCCUAAGCCUAAGCCUAAGCCUAAGCCUAAGCCUAAGCCUAAGCCUAAGCCUAAGCCUAAGCCUAAGCCUAAGCCUAAGCCUAAGCCUAAGCCUAAGCCUAAGCCUAAGCCUAAGCCUAAGCCUAAGCCUAAGCCUAAGCCUAAGCCUAAGCCUAAGCCUAAGCCUAAGCCUAAGCCUAAGCCUAAGCCUAAGCCUAAGCCUAAGCCUAAGCCUAAGCCUAAGCCUAAGCCUAAGCCUAAGCCUAAGCCUAAGCCUAAGCCUAAGCCUAAGCCUAAGCCUAAGCCUAAGCCUAAGCCUAAGCCUAAGCCUAAGCCUAAGCCUAAGCCUAAGCCUAAGCCUAAGCCUAAGCCUAAGCCUAAGCCUAAGCCUAAGCCUAAGCCUAAGCCUAAGCCUAAGCCUAAGCCUAAGCCUAAGCCUAAGCCUAAGCCUAAGCCUAAGCCUAAGCCUAAGCCUAAGCCUAAGCCUAAGCCUAAGCCUAAGCCUAAGCCUAAGCCUAAGCCUAAGCCUAAGCCUAAGCCUAAGCCUAAGCCUAAGCCUAAGCCUAAGCCUAAGCCUAAGCCUAAGCCUAAGCCUAAGCCUAAGCCUAAGCCUAAGCCUAAGCCUAAGCCUAAGCCUAAGCCUAAGCCUAAGCCUAAGCCUAAGCCUAAGCCUAAGCCUAAGCCUAAGCCUAAGCCUAAGCCUAAGCCUAAGCCUAAGCCUAAGCCUAAGCCUAAGCCUAAGCCUAAGCCUAAGCCUAAGCCUAAGCCUAAGCCUAAGCCUAAGCCUAAGCCUAAGCCUAAGCCUAAGCCUAAGCCUAAGCCUAAGCCUAAGCCUAAGCCUAAGCCUAAGCCUAAGCCUAAGCCUAAGCCUAAGCCUAAGCCUAAGCCUAAGCCUAAGCCUAAGCCUAAGCCUAAGCCUAAGCCUAAGCCUAAGCCUAAGCCUAAGCCUAAGCCUAAGCCUAAGCCUAAGCCUAAGCCUAAGCCUAAGCCUAAGCCUAAGCCUAAGCCUAAGCCUAAGCCUAAGCCUAAGCCUAAGCCUAAGCCUAAGCCUAAGCCUAAGCCUAAGCCUAAGCCUAAGCCUAAGCCUAAGCCUAAGCCUAAGCCUAAGCCUAAGCCUAAGCCUAAGCCUAAGCCUAAGCCUAAGCCUAAGCCUAAGCCUAAGCCUAAGCCUAAGCCUAAGCCUAAGCCUAAGCCUAAGCCUAAGCCUAAGCCUAAGCCUAAGCCUAAGCCUAAGCCUAAGCCUAAGCCUAAGCCUAAGCCUAAGCCUAAGCCUAAGCCUAAGCCUAAGCCUAAGCCUAAGCCUAAGCCUAAGCCUAAGCCUAAGCCUAAGCCUAAGCCUAAGCCUAAGCCUAAGCCUAAGCCUAAGCCUAAGCCUAAGCCUAAGCCUAAGCCUAAGCCUAAGCCUAAGCCUAAGCCUAAGCCUAAGCCUAAGCCUAAGCCUAAGCCUAAGCCUAAGCCUAAGCCUAAGCCUAAGCCUAAGCCUAAGCCUAAGCCUAAGCCUAAGCCUAAGCCUAAGCCUAAGCCUAAGCCUAAGCCUAAGCCUAAGCCUAAGCCUAAGCCUAAGCCUAAGCCUAAGCCUAAGCCUAAGCCUAAGCCUAAGCCUAAGCCUAAGCCCUAAGCCUAAGCCUAAGCCUAAGCCUAAGCCUAAGCCUAAGCCUAAGCCUAAGCCUAAGCCUAAGCCUAAGCCUAAGCCUAAGCCUAAGCCUAAGCCUAAGCCUAAGCCUAAGCCUAAGCCUAAGCCUAAGCCUAAGCCUAAGCCUAAGCCUAAGCCUAAGCCUAAGCCUAAGCCUAAGCCUAAGCCUAAGCCUAAGCCUAAGCCUAAGCCUAAGCCUAAGCCUAAGCCUAAGCCUAAGCCUAAGCCUAAGCCUAAGCCUAAGCCUAAGCCUAAGCCUAAGCCUAAGCCUAAGCCUAAGCCUAAGCCUAAGCCUAAGCCUAAGCCUAAGCCUAAGCCUAAGCCUAAGCCUAAGCCUAAGCCUAAGCCUAAGCCUAAGCCUAAGCCUAAGCCUAAGCCUAAGCCUAAGCCUAAGCCUAAGCCUAAGCCUAAGCCUAAGCCUAAGCCUAAGCCUAAGCCUAAGCCUAAGCCUAAGCCUAAGCCUAAGCCUAAGCCUAAGCCUAAGCCUAAGCCUAAGCCUAAGCCUAAGCCUAAGCCUAAGCCUAAGCCUAAGCCUAAGCCUAAGCCUAAGCCUAAGCCUAAGCCUAAGCCUAAGCCUAAGCCUAAGCCUAAGCCUAAGCCUAAGCCUAAGCCUAAGCCUAAGCCUAAGCCUAAGCCUAAGCCUAAGCCUAAGCCUAAGCCUAAGCCUAAGCCUAAGCCUAAGCCUAAGCCUAAGCCUAAGCCUAAGCCUAAGCCUAAGCCUAAGCCUAAGCCUAAGCCUAAGCCUAAGCCUAAGCCUAAGCCUAAGCCUAAGCCUAAGCCUAAGCCUAAGCCUAAGCCUAAGCCUAAGCCUAAGCCUAAGCCUAAGCCUAAGCCUAAGCCUAAGCCUAAGCCUAAGCCUAAGCCUAAGCCUAAGCCUAAGCCUAAGCCUAAGCCUAAGCCUAAGCCUAAGCCUAAGCCUAAGCCUAAGCCUAAGCCUAAGCCUAAGCCUAAGCCUAAGCCUAAGCCUAAGCCUAAGCCUAAGCCUAAGCCUAAGCCUAAGCCUAAGCCUAAGCCUAAGCCUAAGCCUAAGCCUAAGCCUAAGCCUAAGCCUAAGCCUAAGCCUAAGCCUAAGCCUAAGCCUAAGCCUAAGCCUAAGCCUAAGCCUAAGCCUAAGCCUAAGCCUAAGCCUAAGCCUAAGCCUAAGCCUAAGCCUAAGCCUAAGCCUAAGCCUAAGCCUAAGCCUAAGCCUAAGCCUAAGCCUAAGCCUAAGCCUAAGCCUAAGCCUAAGCCUAAGCCUAAGCCUAAGCCUAAGCCUAAGCCUAAGCCUAAGCCUAAGCCUAAGCCUAAGCCUAAGCCUAAGCCUAAGCCUAAGCCUAAGCCUAAGCCUAAGCCUAAGCCUAAGCCUAAGCCUAAGCCUAAGCCUAAGCCUAAGCCUAAGCCUAAGCCUAAGCCUAAGCCUAAGCCUAAGCCUAAGCCUAAGCCUAAGCCUAAGCCUAAGCCUAAGCCUAAGCCUAAGCCUAAGCCUAAGCCUAAGCCUAAGCCUAAGCCUAAGCCUAAGCCUAAGCCUAAGCCUAAGCCUAAGCCUAAGCCUAAGCCUAAGCCUAAGCCUAAGCCUAAGCCUAAGCCUAAGCCUAAGCCUAAGCCUAAGCCUAAGCCUAAGCCUAAGCCUAAGCCUAAGCCUAAGCCUAAGCCUAAGCCUAAGCCUAAGCCUAAGCCUAAGCCUAAGCCUAAGCCUAAGCCUAAGCCUAAGCCUAAGCCUAAGCCUAAGCCUAAGCCUAAGCCUAAGCCUAAGCCUAAGCCUAAGCCUAAGCCUAAGCCUAAGCCUAAGCCUAAGCCUAAGCCUAAGCCUAAGCCUAAGCCUAAGCCUAAGCCUAAGCCUAAGCCUAAGCCUAAGCCUAAGCCUAAGCCUAAGCCUAAGCCUAAGCCUAAGCCUAAGCCUAAGCCUAAGCCUAAGCCUAAGCCUAAGCCUAAGCCUAAGCCUAAGCCUAAGCCUAAGCCUAAGCCUAAGCCUAAGCCUAAGCCUAAGCCUAAGCCUAAGCCUAAGCCUAAGCCUAAGCCUAAGCCUAAGCCUAAGCCUAAGCCUAAGCCUAAGCCUAAGCCUAAGCCUAAGCCUAAGCCUAAGCCUAAGCCUAAGCCUAAGCCUAAGCCUAAGCCUAAGCCUAAGCCUAAGCCUAAGCCUAAGCCUAAGCCUAAGCCUAAGCCUAAGCCUAAGCCUAAGCCUAAGCCUAAGCCUAAGCCUAAGCCUAAGCCUAAGCCUAAGCCUAAGCCUAAGCCUAAGCCUAAGCCUAAGCCUAAGCCUAAGCCUAAGCCUAAGCCUAAGCCUAAGCCUAAGCCUAAGCCUAAGCCUAAGCCUAAGCCUAAGCCUAAGCCUAAGCCUAAGCCUAAGCCUAAGCCUAAGCCUAAGCCUAAGCCUAAGCCUAAGCCUAAGCCUAAGCCUAAGCCUAAGCCUAAGCCUAAGCCUAAGCCUAAGCCUAAGCCUAAGCCUAAGCCUAAGCCUAAGCCUAAGCCUAAGCCUAAGCCUAAGCCUAAGCCUAAGCCUAAGCCUAAGCCUAAGCCUAAGCCUAAGCCUAAGCCUAAGCCUAAGCCUAAGCCUAAGCCUAAGCCUAAGCCUAAGCCUAAGCCUAAGCCUAAGCCUAAGCCUAAGCCUAAGCCUAAGCCUAAGCCUAAGCCUAAGCCUAAGCCUAAGCCUAAGCCUAAGCCUAAGCCUAAGCCUAAGCCUAAGCCUAAGCCUAAGCCUAAGCCUAAGCCUAAGCCUAAGCCUAAGCCUAAGCCUAAGCCUAAGCCUAAGCCUAAGCCUAAGCCUAAGCCUAAGCCUAAGCCUAAGCCUAAGCCUAAGCCUAAGCCUAAGCCUAAGCCUAAGCCUAAGCCUAAGCCUAAGCCUAAGCCUAAGCCUAAGCCUAAGCCUAAGCCUAAGCCUAAGCCUAAGCCUAAGCCUAAGCCUAAGCCUAAGCCUAAGCCUAAGCCUAAGCCUAAGCCUAAGCCUAAGCCUAAGCCUAAGCCUAAGCCUAAGCCUAAGCCUAAGCCUAAGCCUAAGCCUAAGCCUAAGCCUAAGCCUAAGCCUAAGCCUAAGCCUAAGCCUAAGCCUAAGCCUAAGCCUAAGCCUAAGCCUAAGCCUAAGCCUAAGCCUAAGCCUAAGCCUAAGCCUAAGCCUAAGCCUAAGCCUAAGCCUAAGCCUAAGCCUAAGCCUAAGCCUAAGCCUAAGCCUAAGCCUAAGCCUAAGCCUAAGCCUAAGCCUAAGCCUAAGCCUAAGCCUAAGCCUAAGCCUAAGCCUAAGCCUAAGCCUAAGCCUAAGCCUAAGCCUAAGCCUAAGCCUAAGCCUAAGCCUAAGCCUAAGCCUAAGCCUAAGCCUAAGCCUAAGCCUAAGCCUAAGCCUAAGCCUAAGCCUAAGCCUAAGCCUAAGCCUAAGCCUAAGCCUAAGCUCUAA